AUGCGAUUCCAUACCCAGACCAUUGGGAACAGUAGAAAUGAAAUUGGUCCUCGAUUAGUUGGUGAAAUUGUUUAUAAAAAUCGAUUAAAUCGUCUACGAAAUCCGCAUAGUGAUGACAAAAAUAUUUAUGCUAUUGGCGUAUCAAAUUGGGCAAAUAUAAAAAAUCGUCAAGAAUUAAUUCGAAAAGGAAAUACUCAGAUAUUGGGAAGGGCAUCGUUGCAAGAACAAAGGGAUAUUGUUGAACCGAAAAACUUGAACGGUAGACAAGAGUUAGAACCAAAUCAUACACAAUUUAUUCUUUUCGAUGAUGGUACACUGGAACCAUCGUAUGAUGAUCGAUAUCGAGCACAUCUUGUACGAGCUAUAUCACAAGGAGCACAAAGAGCAAUACCCCAAAUAACCAUCGUUCUCUCUGGUGGUUUAAAUACAUUAGAAAGCUACGUUUGA